UUAUUGCUGAACAUAUUGCUUUCUGUUGUGCUUCUUUAGUUUUUUGUCCAUUUGUUCGCAAUCGACAGUUUUACUCUGCAAAAGCUAAAAAAUUGUUAAAAAGAAUUGCCAGGACUGGAGAAAAAAUAUUUCCCGAAAAUGAAAAAACAAUGGAAGAAUUAAAUGAACUAGAAGUCCCAGACAUUGCAAUUGCUUUAAUUGAUCAGAAAAUUCUAACAAAAUUCUUCCAAAUUCCACAUAAAAAGCGUUCUACUCUUCGCCCUACCGCAAUCGCAAUGGAUUUCAUCAAACAAAAUUCUAUAGUAAUAAAUAAAUAUAAAAACCGGCAAAAUGAAGUAGUAAGUGAAGCGCCGCUGGAAGACAAAAAUUUCUACAAAAGAAAAUUUAGUUUAAAUGAACCAGAUUCUGAUUAUUUUGAUAGCAGUGAUGAAGAAAAACAAGAAAUUGAAAACAAAAACAAAAAAAUUCGUGAGCCUUUUGCUGGUUGUCGUCUAUGCAAGUUAGAUCCAGGAAGUCAACAUUUACAUCAAUUGGGUUCAAUGAAAGAAAACAAAGAGAAUGGGGAUUUUGAACAAAAGAAGAAAAAUAUUUUAAAAUUAUUGGAUAAUAAUUCAAUUUUGAGUUUUCUACCUGAAUUUUACCGAAAGAGAAGCUUACUUGUCACUCCAAAUAUUCCAUUUCUUAGCAUUGUUUUGGGUGAAGAAUAUCUCAGCGUAAACUACCCAAUUUUUGGUUGUGCUGCUUGUUCUAUUCCUCGUAGCCAAUUUAGCUCUCAUUAUGCUUCACAUAAUAUUUUGGAUGAAUCUACGCCUUAUAAUUUUAUUGCAAGAUGUCCGAACUGGCAGAGGGGCUGCUCAUUUAAAAUGAAUACUUUAACACCACUUAAAGGAAAUGGGGUGUUUAGGUAUAAUUCUUUCUUGUCUGCGUGUGUAUAUGAACCAAUGCCUAAUUUGCCUAUUUUGAUGAACGUGCCAUCAGCCUCUUCCUCGGGUAAAUAA